AUGAGCUCUGCCAAGCCGCCCAAGUCCUGGCAGGAGGCCCGAGACGCAAAGAGGGCGGAACAGCUGUUGCGCAUCCCGGUGGAAUGGAGGCUGAGCGAAGCCAAUCGGCCGGCGGCGGACACAUCGGACCUGCGGCCGGCGGCAGCGUCGUCGGGGAUCCUGAGCGAGCGUGAGCUAGCAAUCACUGGCGACGGGCACGACGCGACGUCGCUGGUUGCGGCGAUUGCACAGGGCACGUACACGGCGACGGAAACGGUGACAGCAUUCUGCAAGCGGGCAGCCAUCAGCCAGCAGCUGUGCCGGUCGCUGACGGAGAUCUGCUUUGCCGAGGCGCUGGCCAAGGCGGCGAAGCUGGACGCGCACUUCCAGGCGACCGGCCAGACGGUCGGGCCGCUGCACGGGCUCGCCAUGACGUUCAAGGAGUGCUUCCACAUCGAGGGCUUCGAUGCCUGCAACGGCUACGUGGCACGCAUCGGUGAGCCGUCGACGACGACGACGCCCAUCAUCCGGCUGGCCGAGCAGGCCGGGGCGGUGCUGAUCGCCAAGACCAACGUGCCGCAGACGAUGCUGGUGGCCGAGUGCGACAACAACGUGUUUGGCCAGACGCGGAACCCGGUCGUGAGCCAGCUCUCGAGCGGUGGCAGCAGCGGCGGCGAGGGCUCGCUGUCGGCCUUUCGGGGAAACGCCUUUGGCGUCGGCACCGACGUCGCUGGGUCCAUCCGACUGCCAGCUGCCUUCAAUGGCGUGUACGGCUACAAGCCAUCAGUAGGGAUCCUCCCGUUCAUCGGAUAUGCAGCGUCGGGAUGGACGGGCGUGAACACGGGCGUACCGGCAGUGCUGGGCCCCAUUGGCCGCUCCGUCCGCGACCUGGCCCUGUUUACGGACACGAUCCGCGCGCGAAAGCCCUGGACGAUCGACCCGGCCAUCAUUCCCGGCGUCAUGGAGCAGCCGGCACCUACAAAGAAACCGGUGGUGGGGAUCUUGUACGAGUCGGGCCUCACGCCACAUCCACCGGUGCAACGAGCGAUCCGCGAGGCCCAGACCAAGUUGGAAGCAGCCGGAUUUGAAACCAGGGAUUUUACACCGAUGUGUCCUGACUUCAAGGAGAUGCGCGACAUCUCGGCCGACCUCUUGACCGUCGACGGACUCUCGUACCAGCGGCAGAAGCUGGCCGAGUCUGGCGAGCCGGCCGUUCCGUCGGUGGCCGGCUUCGGCUACUGGGACCUGAAGCGGAAGACGCACGAGCAAAUGUGGGCGCUCAACACGCGCAAGGGCGAGCUGCAGAAGCAGAUGCUGGACGCCUGGCAAGCCGCGGGCAUCGACAUGCUGAUCGCCCCGGCCGCACCGCACGUCGCCAUCCCGCCACCCCACAUGACAUCGGAGCUGUAUACGGUGGCCUGGAACGUCGUAGAUUACCCAGCCAUCAUUAUACCGUUCGCCACAGUGGACCCUGCCUUGGACAAGAGGGACGGCGAGUUCAAGCCCAAGAACGAGCUGGAUGCAGAGAUUGCAGCUUAUUUCGACCCGGAGCUCAUGGCCGGUGCUCCCGUGUCGCUGCAGCUUGUCGGCAUGCGGCUCCACGACCGCGCGCUACUUGCACACGCAGAGAUGAUCGACGGAGUUCUUAACGAAGCCAAGAAAUAG